ACGGCCACCAAAUCUUCGAUUCAGAGUCACAUCGGCUCUCCUUAACCUUCUCCGGUGCUGCUUAUUCCUGAUGGCAAGCGCUUGGAACAUGAGCAUUGCAAUGGUUCAUAGGGAUAUAGAGAGGGAAUGGGAGAUCAUUGUGGAGUUGUUUCUUAUAUGUUUUUUAAUUAUAACUGGAGAUUCUUGCUCGCUUUGGACAAGUUUACGAUAUAACCAUGGGAAUAUCUGGAGAAAAGUUAGAUUUCAAAUUUUAAUAAUAGCUUUUGGAGCAUAUUGGAGCAAAUAAGCAUUUUGGAGCUUGUGGAGCACUGCUCUUACUGAGGAUUGCUUUCACUUGUUAUCUGUUUCAACAACCUUUGGAGACAAUGAGUGAUCGAUCUUCCCGGUCUAUCUAUGUUGGUAACUUGCCUGGUGACAUUAGGGAGUCUGAGAUUGAAGAUCUCUUUUACAAGUAUGGCCGCAUUGUUGAUAUUGAAUUGAAGGUUCCACCUCGUCCUCCUUGCUAUUGCUUUAUUGAGUUUGAGCAUCCCCGGGACGCCAAAGACGCUGUUGAUGGCCGUGAUGGCUAUAACUUUGAUGGCUGCCGCUUGAGGGUUGAGCUUUCCCAUGGUGGUCGAGGACAGUCUUCAGGUGACCGUCGUGGUGGAUAUGGUGGUGGGGGUAGCUACCGUGGAGGUGGUGGCGGUGGUGGUGGUGGUGGAGGAUCUGCUCGGUUUGGCGUCUCACGACACUCUGAAUUCCGAGUUAUUGUACGUGGGCUUCCAUCAUCGGCUUCAUGGCAAGAUUUGAAGGAUCAUAUGAGGAAGGCUGGUGAUGUGUGCUUUGCUGAGGUCACUAGAGACCGUGAUGGAGCUUAUGGUGUUGUUGACUACACCAACUAUGAUGACAUGAAGUAUGCUAUAAGGAAACUUGAUGAUACAGAGUUCAAAAACCCCUGGGCUAGAGGCUAUAUUCGGGUUAAGAAAUAUGAAAGCUCCCAGUCAAGAAGCCCAAGCAGAAGCAGAAGCAGAAGCCGUAGCAGAGGCCGUGGUCGCAGCCGUAGCAGGAGCAUUAGCAGAAGCAAGAGCCCAAGAAAGGAUCUGAGUAAAUCACCAAGACGUUCUCUUUCCAGAUCGAUAUCAAAAUCUAGAUCGCCAUCUCCUGACAGGAAGAAGAGCCCCCCUAGGUCCAUGUCUCCUUCAAAAUCUCCAACCAAGGUUCAGGAAGGCACUGAGUGAUUGCGAAAGUUGUCAUGCAGGAAAGAUCGAAUGAGAUGAACUUGAUGUUUUAUUAUAAGCGCAAAACUGUAUUUGUUUCUGAAUCCUAGCUUUUAAUACUUGUUUGUUUUGUUUUUAUUUGCUACUUUGGGGUUUAAAACUGGUUAUUUGAGAUAUUUCUUUUUUGAGUCGAACUUUAAGAUGUUUCAUUUUCUUAAUGCUCAUAUUUUUU